AUGGAAAAGUGUGAUCCUUCGGCCUUACCAAGCUCAGGAGAAGAAGAUGAAGACACCAUGUCUCUUUCUGAUUUUUCCAUUUAUUGUGAUGAGAAUGUUGAAUCUCGGAUAGAAGGGCCAAGUAUGAGUGAUCAUGACGAACAAGAUUUUGAGUUUUCAAGUGAGAUUGGGAUAGCUUCUCAUGAUUUAACGAAUCCCAUUAUUUUUUGUGGGAAAAUUGUUCAUGUUUCUUCCAAGAACAUAAAAGAAAAUGAAAACAAGAAGCCACUAGACAUGCAUCAUGGGGGGAGUAUGGAAAGAAAGGUGUCUAUACUUACUUCAAAGUCAAAAUCAAGAUGGUACGUGUUUAUGUUCGGAUUUGGGUCACGUAGAUUCCCCACAGAGAUGCAUAUCAGCGAUUUGAGGAAAAGGCAAAUAUGUGUUCCAACCAAAAGAAACGACAAUAAUAAGUUUAACAAAGGUGAUCCUAAUGGUGAUGUGACCCACCUCCAAACGCCAUUGUUGAAGUUGGAUGAGGAAUCAUGGACUCGACAACGUGAUGUGACAAGAUGGCACAAGGUUUCAUUUUCGAGCUCAGUCAGAAGGUUGCACACUUACACUUCCAUUUCGGAUGCAUUAAUGUAUUAA